AUGACUUCUGCAGUCCCAGUGGCUAAUCCUAAGAAUCAUGGGCCUUCGAAGUCUCAGAAUUCACCGACUCCUAAAUCAGAUAUACCAUGCACUGUUGACAAUUGUUUUCAGCCUCCGGACUCUCAGAAUUCACCGAAUCCUGAUAAUAAUGAAUCAGAUCCGCCAUGCACUGUUUUCAAUUGUUUUCAGCCUCCAGACCCUCAGAAUUCACCGAAUCCUGAUAAUAAUAGUAAGUUUCUGAUGAUAAUUCAUAGUGAUCUUGAAGGAUGA